CCCAGAUACUUAAACUUCUUCACUUCAGACAGGAAACUUCACCUGCAGGCCUGGUGGUCAAGCCUUGGCUCUUAGGGCUCAGCUGGACCAAGCCUGAAAGGACAACAAGUCACUACCUCCACGUGGACCCACUACCUGUGGGGAGGACCAUCAACGUCAGGAGGAUCUCUAGCCAUCCCAAUUUCUUGCUCAUAAACUGUCUCAAGAACUUAGAAACAUGUGACUCAGAAAAGAAAAUGCAGGUAAAGGUAUAAAGAUAAAUAAUUUCAAAGAGCCCUACAAUGAGCUGCUGUAUCCAGACGACUCAGGUCAGGGAAGGCUGGCAGGAGAUGAAAAGAGAAUGUGGAUACCAGGAUAUUGUCAGAAGAUCCAUCCCCAGAGUGAAGCACUGUGACUCCUGCCAAACAUUCACCAAGACACAUCAAACUGAACCCUUUUCUGUCUUUGACAAUCUGCUGACUAAUGUUUAAAAACCAGAGGACAGAGACAAACCACAACCAUCCCAUCAUUGUUCUGCUGCCAGACAGGACUACUGCUAGGGACAGUUCUGUAAGAGGUCUGCCAGGACACAGGUCCAUCAGUCUGAGGACUGAGACAACCUGACAGUCUGAGGACUGAGACAGCCUGACAGUCUGAGGACUGAGACAACCUGACAGUCUGAGGACUGAGACAACCUGACAGUCUGAGGACWGAGACAACCUGACAGUCUGAGGACUGAGACAGCCUGAUAGUCUGAGGACUGAGACAACCUGACAGUCUGAGGGCUGAGACAGCCUAUCAGCGAGAGGACAGAGACAGACAGACAGGCGUCACAGGACCAGCGUCUUUGGGUGUGUGUCCUCUGUCUGACGUAGAUCAGUCUCUGUGGAACCACCGGCGCGUCCAGAAGCAGCAAUGUCUCACGGAUGGGGAUAUGGACCGUCCAAUGGACCAGACAAAUGGGCCGAGAACUUCCCGAAUGCCACCGGGCCCAGACAGUCUCCCAUCAACAUCGUGACAAAGGAGGCCCACUAUGACCCGUCUCUGAAGCCCCUCAAGCUCCGCUAUGACCCCUCCAACGCCAAGGGCAUCCUCAACAAUGGACACUCCUUCCAGGUGGACUUUGUGGACGACACGGACAGCUCUGUCCUGACCGGGGGUCCGCUGACUGGAACGUACCGCUUCAGGCAGUUUCACUUCCACUGGGGCAGUAGUGAUGAUAAAGGCUCGGAGCACUAUGUCAACGGCAUGAAGUUCCCGUGUGAGCUUCACCUGGUGCACUGGAACAACAAAUACCCCAGCUUUGCAGAGGCUGCAGACAAGCCUGAUGGACUUGCUGUGAUUGGAGUUUUCCUCAAGAUCGGUGCUGCCAACCCCCGGCUUCAGAAGGUUUUGGAUGCGUUGGAUUCCAUUAAGAGCAAGGGAAAGCAGACCACCUUCUCAAACUUUGACCCCAGGACCCUUCUUCCUCGUUCUCUGGAUUUCUGGACCUACGAAGGCUCUUUGACCACGCCCCCCCUCCUGGAGAGCGUCACCUGGAUCGUUUUGAGGGAGCCAAUCAGUGUCAGCCCUGCACAGAUGGCCAGGUUCAGAAACCUCCUGUUCACCGGAGAAGGGGAACCUGCCUGCAGCAUGGUGGACAACUUCCGUCCUCCUCAGCUCCUCAAAGGUCGUCAUGUCCUCGCCUCCUUCAGAUAGACCUGUCCGUCACACUCAGGUGGUCCCGCUGCUCUGAUGGACACUUGAACCUGUUGCUCACAUGUAGAACAGCUUGUAGCCAUGUCAGUCUGCUUCACAGUCAUUUAAAAUGUGUCUACAAAAACUAAAAUCAUGUUUCCAGAUGAAAACUUAAAAGAUUUAUUAGAUAAAUAUAUUGAUUAUUUUGGAAUCAGUAGAAAAGUAUUUCUUUUUGCCUUAAAAUAAAAUUAUUUUUAAACUUUUUGGAGUCUUUUAUUAUGAAUCUAUUUUCUGUUUCAGAACUGAAAGCUCAGAUUAUUUAAGUCUUUAGGACAGGUUCUUAAUGUUAGACUGAUGAUAAUAAGAUAAUCACUUAUUUAAACGUGAUCUAUUUUAGAUAUUUCUUCAUAUAGCUUGUGUUGUUGUUAGGUUUUAGUUUUUAGAAGUUGUAAUGUGACUAAAUCUGAGGAGGUGUUUGGUGUGACCUGUCAUAAAUGAAUGUAAAAUUUAUCAAUAAAAACUCAAAGACGUCUCAAUUUA